CCAGAGUAUUGUUGAGUACCAAGAAAAAUAUGUUGUUGGGGGAUGAGAAGUCCGCGGACGAAUGAGAACAGUGACUCUCCUUGCCCACAUGAUUCAGAUUGCUGUCUUUUCUCUUAAUGACACAAAAGUGGCGUUACAUCUCAUAUUUUCAGGCACACACAUCCGUCUUUCUUUCUUUUUCUUACUCUCUAUCGCUCUUGACACUAACUCUUUUCAAACAUACACGCAGAUACAUAACACUACCCACCAUUCAUUCAACUUUAUCCAAGUUUCUUCUGUUGGGACAGUAGCUAAGCAUCAGUUGCAGCCUACUACAUUUGAUCGACGUAGGUCGUCUGUCAAAGCCUUGUUAAACUCACCUAACCCACCGGCUUCUCCUUUGGAUGCUCUUGUCAUGGCUUUGGAAGCUACAGUCGAAGAGGAAGAAGCAGGCCUUGAAAGAUUUUCAACAAAGAUAGAGGACGAUGCAAUGACGACAACAGGAGCAGCAGUAACAGCAGGAGCAGAAGACGAGGAAGAAGACGACCCUGAUGCUACCAUCCCUUCUUCACCUACAAUGUUUAUGAAACGUCCAGCAUCAGCAACAGGACCAUCACUUCAUCACCUCCCAAGCAUGAUGCUUCCUGAAUCGGCUGCAUCUUCGGUCGCCAGAUCCCAUUCUGCUUCAAGCCUGACGCCCAGUACACUCCCACGCGAGUCUUUAGCUCAACAUAGUAGUAAUCAGCGCAAGAUGUCCAUUAGUAGUCAGGAUUCUUCUUCGUCAUUUGCAUCGAAUGGCGAACGAACCAAAGAGUAUGCAUGUACAAUUGAAAACUGCAAGAAAAAGUUCUUUCAAAUUUCACACCUGCGGUCGCAUGAACGUAGGUGCCACUCUGGUACAAGGCCAUAUACUAUUGGAGGUUGAACAAAAGAGAUCUUCCUUAUUCCAUCAUUCGAUCUAAUGUGAUAAAGUUCACGAAUCAUCCUUAUGAGCUGGAAUGAACUGGAGACCAAAGGUUUUCUUUUAAAAGGAACAAUCAGGAUAAGUCAGAGACUUUCAUGGUUA